AAUGUAACUAGGAGUCCCUUUAGGAACAAUGUUAGGAUAUUUUGUAAGCUCUUUAUCUCUAUAGAUUUUAUUAGAUGUAUAGAUAUAUAUUUAAAAAUAUAUUUUAGUGGAAAUAUGCAUUUAUUAUUUAGAUUGUUGCUUUAACAUCUUGCUUUAUAUUUUAUAUAUUUUGUGAUAAUGAUUAAAUAUCAAUACAAAAUAUUAAAGAGAAAGAGGAUAUCUCAAGCAUUUAAACAAUAUUUCUUUAAAAUAUUAAAACAUUUUGUUUAAAUCCUCUUUUUGUAUUAUCCAUGUUAACUUUAAGUUCACUAUAUUUAGUAGUGACUGGAAUACAAUUUUGGUUAACUGAUUAUCUCAAUAGUGUAAUGAUGAUGGAAUAUGAUCUUGUAUAUCAAUCAUUUUUAAUAAUCUCAAUAACUGCUCCAUUAAGUGGUGUAUAUUUAGGUAGUAUGAUUAUAGAUAAUCAUUUGGGAAAUUAAGGUUUUAGAGUUUUAAAAAUAGCAACAAUUGAAAUAUUUUUAGCAAGUAUCUCAGGAGUUUUAAUACCAAUAUUUGAUAAUUAACGGAUUAUUAUAUUGUUGGUUUGGUGCUUACUUUUUUUUGGAAGUAGUGCUAUUCCCUCAAUGAUGGGAAUUAUGAUAACUUCAUUAUCUUAAGAAGAAAGAUCAAGUGGAAAUUCAUUAAGUCAUUUAUUUUUCAAUCUUUUUGGAUAUCUUCCAGCAUCAAGUCUUUAUGGAUAUGUAUCAUAAGUUUAUGGAAGUUCUAAUUCUCGAUUGGGAAUGAUUAUGUUUGCAUGUAUUAAUUUCUUGGCCUUAAUCUUUUUGUUGCUGGGAAUUUAUAAAAAAUAUAAUCAUUUGAAAUAAAUCUAUCUAGAUUUAAAUGAAUCAGAAUUCAGAAAUAAAUUGCAUUCACUUUCACAUCAUUCUCAUGAUUAUAAUGAAGAAUAUCAAAAAAAAGAUUUCUCAUACAUGAAAAUGUAAUCAGAUAAUCAAAAAAAAAAAUAAAAAUAAAUCAUCUUUGCACUUUAAACUAAUUAAUUAGAAGCAGAUUAAUUAUCAGAAAAUGAAUCCCCUUUGAUAAUUGGUAUUGAAACAUAAAGAAUAAGAAAUGUAUAUAGCAUUUAAAGUACUAUUUUAUAAAUUUCUUAUAAUUUUUCAAGUCUCAUUGGAAGAAGAAAUCUAGAAUGUGAUCUGUUUAUGAUUAAAACUGAUUAAAUGAGGAACAAAAGUUAAAAGUCUUUUGAGCUAUAACUUAAAGUAGCAAAUCAUUUUAAAUGUGAAGAGAGGUUUGUAAAUUUAUAAUAGUAAUGA